AUGGAGGAGGACGCCGCUCCUAGUGCUGAAGAACGCCAAGCUGUGUAUGAAAAAGGCUUUCGCAUUUGGCAAAGCCUCAAAUUGCAUGCCCUGCAAGAACCUCGCCUUCCCCUAGCCUGCUUCCAGAUCCAGCCAGCACUUCUACACCAGCCUCACUUUCCAGAUGACUUGGACCUGAAGCGCACUUAUGACUAUCUCUCUGUUACUGGAAUAUCAGUCUGGAAACGAUCACAGGGGGGGCUCUGCAACCUCCCUCCGCUGGAACGGCAUCUUCGAAUUCCAAUCUCGAUUGAGUUUCCAACUCCUCUCAGUUUGGCUGCAGACCUAGACCGAAGCCAUCAGAAAUGGUUCAACACAGAGGAAAAUCACCUCUCUGUCCUAAUAUUUGCGUGGAGCUAUAUCCUUUCGGCGCGCUGGGCUCAACUCAUGCCCAAAGCCAUACUUGCAUACACGGACAGCAAAGCAUACAACAGCGACAAACCCCGAGAACGAGAUUCUGCUGUGGUGGAUUUAGGGGCUGUCGAUGAUAACGCAGCAAGAUGGUGGGCUGCUAUUUUAGCUCCAGGAGAGGGCUGGGAGGCCUAUAUUCCCAUUGAGAAAGAUAAAUUUCGAUCCCCUUGGUCAAUAACUCUUCCGGCAAAGCCGAAAUUUGGUCUUUCCUCUCACAACCAACACCGUUUGCUAUCGAAUACGGCCAUAUCAGCUGCGACUGCCUUUCGCUUCCUCUCCGAUUACUGCGCUCUACAUGACAUUAUAGAUCAGAGCUAUGCAGCAUUAUCAGCUGUGCUAUUUCUUCCGCUCUUGCAUGGCAGCAGAAAAGAUAUUGUUCUGCCGAGACCAAACUUCAGCCAUCGAUGGAAGCCAAAAGUGGGGUUAUCGAAGGGCAAUCUACAACUUGACCUUGCUUGGGUGCAGGAAGUCCAUCAUCUGGACAAACUUCUCACCUUGAGCUGCAAUACGAGAGGAAUACAUUCCCUGCUGUCAAGUGUCUUUUAUGAGCCUGGCAUAGCUUGCAAUGUUGUAAGCCCAUGGCUACAAUCCAUCUUUGCUGUUAUCAACUCUGUUGAAGACAAUCGCAUUCUUACCCAUAUGCUGAUGAGUCGAGUUCCGCACCUCGCCUUUAUAUGGCUUGGAGGAGCAAUCAUGGACAUUCAAAAGGAUAUCUUGCGAGACGGCCAAUUUGGAUUAAUACCUACUGAGGUACAUGCUGCGGUGUGGUCCGGAACCAUUCAAUCAUUCAUGCAAGAGCCUAUCCAUCCAGCAGCAAACGACUCUAUUCUGCGCUCUGACGAAUGUCGACUUCUCUAUCUUACUCAGGAGGAACAUCACACUAGCUGGCCUGUAUGUCAGUGGAUGCCGUUUGGUGCCACAGCUCUUAAAGACACCGAAAUUGACGUCCGCCUGCAUGCAAAUUGUACCGGGCAUGGCCUUCAAUAUGCAGGUUGGAAGUGGACUUGCCGAAAUGGUAGAGAGGUAUAUCAAGUCUCCAAGCCCGCUCUUGCACCAACUUGCCCACCGGCAGAGCCAGUGAUGCCAAACAUCACAAUCAGUUAUGAAGCUCUCGACCACAGGGAGGAAUCUGCGUCUGAAAAUGCAACGCGAAGCAUCUUUGGCUGGCUGCGAGUUGAAGGGUACCCUCCACGGGAGAAGAAAAUACACGAAUUCCGGGAGAGAGUCACGCAGGUUUAA